CAAAAACUAACUAUUGAUAAGUCAAAACGUUUAAAAUGUUAUAUAUAUAAACUAUUAGUUUGGUAAUUGUGAUAAUUUGCCUUCCAUCUAAGAUUGUAAACUCUAAUAAUAAUUCAUUCAAUUGUUAAACUCAAUAUAAACGAAUAAACAACAAUUAAAAUCAUGGAAGAAAAAAAUUAAAACCAAUUACGCUCUUUGUUACCAUAGAGAUGAACAUGUGACUUAUCAGCUGAUUUUUGUUUUCGUUUUUUUUUGUUUUAAUUCAAGUGAUUUUCUCGCUUUGUCUUUUUAAUUGUAACAAUUAACAUGUUUACCAUUGGUGAUGAAAUUGCUUCACGAUUGUUGGACCAUCGUUGCUUUACAACAAACGAAUUGAAAUAUUUUGUCAAAUGCUUCGAGGAGACUCGAGGUAACUGUGAAUUCAAUCAGAUUGAUCAGAUUGAUGAAAAUCUGAAAGAAAUUGGUACCAAUGGAUUACCUGGAAUCGUUGAAAAAUUAAACACAAGUAAUUUGGGAACAAUUGACACUAAAAUUGACCAGUUACUCGAGAUGUCCAAAGAUUUGAUUGAAUUGGAGGUGAAAGAGGAAAAACGAAGAAAUCGGAAAUUAGCUGAACAAAUAAUCAAAUAUGAAGCUGAGAAAAGUUUAAUCAUCAAAGAGACUCAAGUUAAGAUCGCUGAUUUAGAUACAAUUAACCAGGAUAAAGCAAAUAAUCUGAAAAAAUAUUACAGAGACUUAGAAGCCAAAUGGAGGAUAGACAAAAGUGAAUCACCCAAGUAAAUGUUUCAUCAUCUAAAUGAACAUUUCAAUGCAUAAACAUCAACGAGAUCAAUUUAACAUCAAUCUAUCAAUGUAUCUAACUAUUGAUUGAUUAUUGAUUAUUUAUGCUGGAAAUCAAUCAAUAUUAAUCAGAGGAAAUGUUUUGUUUCUCAACAAUUAAGGCAACCAUAACAUUUAUAAUUUACUUAUUUUUCUAUUAACCUACUUUUUUACUCAUCUUUUUCCGAUUCCAACAAUUACAGUUUUCUUUGACAUUUUAUUAUUAGAAAUUGAUAUUUUUACAAAUUUAA